AUCUCGCAGUUUAGUUAGUAUGCAAACAGUUGAAGAAGCAAUACCGUAAUCAUAGUAUAAUAAAGAAUACUAGCGUAAUCUAGUCGAGUUAUUGAACUUUUAUUGUACGUAAUACAGUACACCUACCGUUCUAAGUCGGGUAAAAAUAAAAAGUGCAUUAUCGAAGACCCAAAAAGUAAUUUGUUAGGUACUUAGGUAGGUAUCUAUCUCUUUGGUGAGGUUUUCACCCCACUAUUUCCCCGCGGUUGGUAGCGCUAACGCCGAUCGUGCGAUUUGACGUCACAGCACAGAUGGUAACUGUCAUCGAUCGAAUUACUUGGUACAAUAUGCCAAAACAACGCGAAGGAAACGUAAAUUUUGUGUAAUUUAUAGCUCAGUGCUAUUGUGAAGAGACUGCUAGGAGUCGCUAUCGGUGCGCCGUAAUCAGUGCCAGAGUUUUCUCGAAAGAGACGUGACAUACGUGCCGUGCGUUUACUUUAUCUUUAUUGUUUAGUGCUUCGUCGUAUGGUUGUAUAAUAGAAGACGAAAAUAAGAACUGAAGUUACUGUGAAUCGGAACCGGGUAUAUUCCUCAGUCAGGAUGUCGUCGCUGGGCAGCCAAUGGCGCGUCAUUAGGCACUACCUCUCGCUCACGAACCUCAACUCUGAGGUGGAGAAACUGAUCCAGAAAGUGAAGCCCGCCACCCCAGAACAAUGGGAAAAUUUAUUAAAAAGGUUAGAAAAAGCAAUCUCAGUUCACAUGUCUAGCACUACAGCAAUUGAGAAGCCACAAACAGAAAAUCAGCAAAACAUUGUGAAUACAUCAACUAUAGAGGAAACUGCAGAGAAAGCAAUUGUAAAAGAACCAAAGCCGCAGUUGAAGAAAGAGGAGAAACUGAGCAGCGAUGGGUUGGUGGUGGGCUCCGAGGCCAAGGACAUCACGCUGGAGUCCCUGUGGCAGGGACUCAAGUUGAAGAAAGAUUUGCAUUUCGGAAACAUAUCUCAGCCCAGCUGGAAGUCCAGCAAACCUGUGGUCACUAAAACGUCAAUCCACUCGCGCACGGCCUACGUGAUCUCCGCGCUGGUGGCGGCGGACAGCGCCGAGAGUGCGCUGAGGCGGACCGACAGCUUCAUCGACCACCUCAAGCAGUACCCCGAGGCCCGCGACUAUGCCAUCAAGGAGGGCGCGGUGCGCGCGCUGCUGCGGGUGCAGCACAGGCUGAGCGCCGGCGACGGCUGCGAGUUGCGCGGCGCCGUCAGCGAGGCCCUGGCAUUAGUGGGCCACUGCGGGCCGACCCGGGGCCCCGGGCCCGCCAUCCUGUCGCUGGACGGCGGCGGGAUCCGGGGCCUCAUCGCCAUCGACGUGCUGAAGCAGCUGGAGCGCCUCACGGGCCGCAAGGUGUCGGAGAUGUUUGACUACAUCAUCGGCGUCAGCACGGGCGCCAUCAUCGCUUCUGUUAUCGGCAGCGGCAUCGGCACGCUGGACACAGCGCAGGAGAUGUACACCACGCUGGCCAAGCAGAUGUUCGGCAACACCUCGCUCAUCGGAGGCGCGUCGCGGCUCGUGUGGUCGCAGUCGUACUACGACACGGCCGCGUGGGAGGCGCUGCUGCGCGCGCACCUCCGCGACUGUGAGCUCAGCCAGUGCAACCGGCACCACGCGCCCAAGAUGGCGCUAGUGUCGUGCGUGAUGAACUCCGGCGCGCGGGUGUCGCCGUUCCUGUUCCGCACGUACGAGUGCGGGUUCCGUACGCGGCCCGCGUUCCCGGGCACGGCGCGCGCGCGCGUGUGGCACGCCGUGCGCGCGUCCGCCGCCGCGCCCGCGUACUUCAACGAGUUCCGGCUGCGCGGGCUGCUGCUGCAGGACGGCGGCGUCGUGUGCAACAACCCCGCCGGCGUCGGGCUGCACGAGGCGCGGCUGCUGUUCGGCGCCGACUCCAUCGCGCAAGCCACCGUCGUCUCCGUGGGCACGGGCAAGCCGCUGCAGAACCAGAAGGACUACACCAUGCUCGCGCCGUCCGAGGCCGCCUCCACCUCCUGGCGGGAGAAGUUCAACAAGAUCCUGGACUCCGCCACCGACACGGAGGGCGUCCACCAAAUGCUGAACGACCUGCUGCCGGCCGAGAGCUACUUCCGCUUCAACCCGCCGCUGAUGGCGCCGUGCGCGAUGGACGAGGUCGACGACCGCAAGCUGGCGGCGCUGAGGGCGGACACGGAGGCCUACAUCCGCAGGAACCAGCACAAGUUCGAGCGGGCGGCGGCGCGGCUGACGCGGCCGCGGCCGCUGCACCGGCGGCUGCAGGACGCGCUGCGCCGGCGCGCGCUGCUGCUGGGGCUGGCUGACUGACGACACUCCACUUCAUUGAUUGACGGUAGUCCCGGCAACGGUACUACUGACCUUCGAUGAAAAGCCAGAUCAUUAUACUAUACAAAUUAUGGCUGACAUGAGAAAGACGUCUACUUAUAUAUGCGGUUAAGACGACAUGGAUAUAAAAUGAAGAUAAACUAAACUUUAGCGUUGCAUAGUGAAUGGCACUGAGACUGCAGCAGUGGGGAUAUAGAUAGUGUAGUUCUAUUACGCAUUUUACAGGUUUAGUUAGGUUUUGCAAAAUUUUUACAAUUGUUAUUACUAAUAUGUUAUUACUCGAAUGUAAGUUGCAUUCUAGUCAGUUGUAGAUAGUCGUAGCUUAGCAUUGUGAAUACAAGAAAUUUAAAUAUUAUUAGUAAAUUCAUUACACAUGAUUGUAGAUAAAAUAUAUAUAUAUAUACUUUAGUCAGUAAAUAUCACAGGCAAAUAUGAUUGAAAAUCAUAGCAAAUUAAUAAUAUGUUAUGUUAAAAUAUAUUGUUAUAUUGUAAAUGUAAAUAGUUUUGAUUAAUUGCGAGAUAUAAGUUACAUAAUGUGAUAUGUACAUAAAUUAGUUUAUUAUGUUAUCAAUAAAUUAUGCCUAAA